CUCGACUGAAGAUGAAGAAGAAAGUGCGGAAGUAGGUGUUCCAAGCUGAUCACCGUUGGAGGAGGAAAGCUCGGCGGAUUCUCUUCUUCCUAUUUUAAACCAAUCAACGCUCGGACGGACAUCUGUCCACGUAGAAGAUGGGCACCAGGGAUGACGAGUAUGAUUAUUUGUUCAAAGUCGUCCUCAUUGGAGACUCAGGCGUGGGGAAGAGUAAUCUGCUGUCCCGCUUCACCCGCAAUGAGUUCAACCUGGAGAGCAAGAGCACCAUUGGAGUGGAGUUUGCCACACGCAGCAUCCAAGUGGACGGCAAAACAGUGAAGGCCCAGAUCUGGGACACGGCCGGACAGGAGCGCUACCGUGCCAUCACAUCAGCGUACUACCGUGGGGCAGUGGGGGCGCUGCUGGUCUACGACAUCGCCAAGCAUCUGACCUACGAGAAUGUGGAGCGCUGGCUGAAGGAGCUUAGGGACCACGCCGACAGCAACAUUGUCAUCAUGCUGGUGGGCAACAAGAGCGACCUGCGUCACCUGAGAGCCGUUCCCACUGAUGAGGCCCGGGCCUUCGCAGAGAAAAAUGGUUUGUCUUUUCUGGAGACGUCAGCGCUGGACUCCACCAACGUAGAGACAGCCUUCCAAUCCAUUCUGACAGAGAUCUACCGCAUCGUCUCUCAGAAGCAGAUGUCGGAGCGUCAGGAGAGCGACAUGUCUCCCAGCAACAACGUGGUCAACAUCCAGGUGCAGCCCACUGAGAACAAACCAAAGAUGCAGUGCUGUCAGAACAUCUAGCUCCGCCCACAGCCAGUGUGCUGCUACACCCUCUUACUUCCCCCUCUGUCCGCCACCCCUUCACCCUCCCACCCCACCCUCACCCCCACCUGUCGCCUCAGAGACAUGUACAGUGCAGCGAGGGAGGGACAGGCCACGCCCUCUCAGGGCUGUGACUCCGUCUCUGCCCCUUACUGCACCUCCCUCUUUUGUCCUCCUCUCUCAUCACCCUGCCCUCCUCCCCUCCACACCCCCGACUGCCCCCGUGCUAGGUUGAAAAUGUAUCCAAGUAUAAGAAGAAGUUCCUCCCCCCAGCAGGACAGCAGGCAGCAAGCAUUUCAUAACAUGUUGAAUUUCAUUAGUGUAGACGCGCUAACACACAAAUGUCUUAAUUUAUGGACGGGAUGAGUUCCUCUUCCUCCUCCUCCUCUUUCACCUCCCCGACCCCCUCCUCCCCCUUCUUGCUCCUUCAUCUGUUUGUAUGAUAUCCAUUGACUGCAGCUGUAAAUGAAUUUGAAGCACAUCACUGAUGCUGUAGGUUUUGUUCCUGUGUAUCCUGUCAUGGUAGAGCCUCCUUAUCUUCUUCCUCUUCAGCCUCCUCCUCCUCCUCCUCUUCUUUAGUGCAAUGUACUGUUGGAUUCUCAGAGCCCAAGAUGAAAGAGCGCCUCCACUCUGCUGUGGUGAUAUUCGAUAUAACAGCUGUGAAUGUUAAUGUUUAUCAGUUUGGUGAGACUCCAGGUAGAAAAACUUCCACUUUCAGUUUUUCACUUCGACUAUGCACAGAUCGGCUGCUUGGAAUUUUCUCCUCUUGAUAUCAAAGUGAGAAACAGCAGUGUCCUGGUCUGACGUCCCAUCAUAACCAAUAAUGACUAUCGGUAAUCUGCUGUUACCAAGCUGACCUCUGCAUUGAAGCCACAGACAACAUGGAGGCCUCACUGAGGGAAGCAGGAAAUGGAUGAAGCUGAACUUUUAACACACUUUUAGUCUCAGAUAAUCCAGAUUCAGAAAUUUUAAAGACGGUUCUUGGAAGAAAAAAAACCCAAAACCAUUCGUCAACGUCAGCCUCCCCUUAAAUUCUCAUGUGGGAAAAGACAUGAGACUGAGCCUUGUUCUGGUCAUAGUGCCUCUUCCACCUCUGUCAGCAAACACGCCUUGUCUUUGACCCUUGACCUCGUCUUUAACCACUCAGCAGUGACCCGUCUGCUGCUGGAGGUCGAACACCCGCCUCACUAAAAACCACCCACCAACUGAACCUUUGAGCUUUGCUCUGUAGAAGAAGCAGGAAGCAGCUGCGUGUAUGUGUGCAUGUGUGUGCGAGCGCUAGUGUGUGUGUCUGUGUGUAUGUGUCAAGGCUUACGGCAGAGUGUUUGAGCCUGGCUGGCAGUGCCAAUGGCGUUUCAUGUAACAGACGGCGCUGCCAGCCGAGCCCGUCCAGACUCGCCUUCCUCGCUCCUCGACUGUUCUUUUUUUUAAGUGUUUUUUUAUUUACUUUAUUCCAACAGUGACUGUAAUUGUAGUGUGAACAAGUGUGAAACCAUGUUAGUGAAUCUGGAGGCUUUCAUGUGAGUGUGGUCAUAUAUACGACGGCUUUGUUUUGUACAGACUGAGAAAUUGUACAAUUUAUGUCUAUAUCUUAAGUUAUCUGUUCAUCUGAUUAAAGCGCACCAGUAAUAAACCUUUA